AUGGCCCUCUCCGGCCCGGAGGUGGAGAAGCAGGUGCCAGCGGAGCCCAGGCCGGGCCGCAAGCUGCAGUCCUGGUGGAGCCUGGUGUUCUGCCUCUGCUUCUAUGGCUUCAUGGCCCAGAUGCGGCCCGGGGAGAGCUUCAUCACGCCUUACCUCCUGGGCCCCGACAAGAACUUCACGCAGAAGCAGGUCACCAACGAGAUCACGCCCGUGCUGUCCUACUCCUACCUGGCAGUGCUGGUGCCCAUCUUCCUGCUGACGGACUCCCUGCGCUACAAGCCGGUGCUUCUGCUGCAGGGCCUGAGCUACGUGUCCGUGUGGCUUCUGCUGCUCUUCGGCUCGUCCGUGCUGCACAUGCAGUUCAUGGAGUUUUUCUUCAGCAUCACCAUGGCGGCCCGCAUCGCCUACUCCUCCUACAUCUUCUCGCUGGUGCCCCCCGCCUGCUACCAGCGCAUGGCCGGCUACUCGCGGGCCUCCGUGCUGCUGGGCGUCUUCACCAGCUCCGUGCUGGGCCAGCUGCUGGUCACGAUGGGCAGGGUCCCCUUCUCCACGCUCCACUACAUCUCGCUGGCUUUCCUCGCCUUCAGUCUGGUCCUCGCGCUCUUCCUGAAGCGCCCCAAGCGCAGCCUGUUCUUUAGCCGCGGAGCGCCCGCAAGGGCUGGGGCCUCGCCCUCCGAGCUGGACCGGAUGAACCUGGGCCAAGGGCAGCCCACGGGUGGGAAGCCGGACUGGCUGCCGGCCUCCUGGCGGGACUCGGCGCUCGCGCACAUGCUCCGCGAGCUGGGCCGCACCGCGCGGCUGCCGCAGCUGCGCCUCUGGUCCCUCUGGUGGGUCUUCAGCUCCGCCGGCUACUACCUGAUCGUCUACUACGUGCACAUCCUGUGGAACGUGGUCAACCCCACCACGGACACCACGAGGGUCUACAACGGCGGGGCGGAUGCCGCCUCCACUCUGCUCGGUGCCAUCACCUCCUUUGCCGCCGGCUUCGUGAAGAUCCGUUGGGCGCUGUGGGCCGAGCUGAUCAUCGCGGUGGUUACGGUGCUGCAGGCCGGGCUGGUCUUCCUCAUGUACAAGACCAGCAGCAUCUGGCUGUGCUACUCGGCCUUCGUGCUCUUCCGUGGCUCCUACCAGUUCCUGGUGCCUGUCGCCACUUUUCAGAUCGCGUCUUCUCUUUCUCAAGAGCUCCGCGCCCUUGUCUUCGGAGUCAACACGUUUCUCGCCACUGUCCUCAAGACCAUCAUCACCCUCGUUGUCUCCGACAAGCGGGGCCUGGGCCUCCCGGUCCACUCUCAGUUCCUCAUCUACUUUGUGUACUUCCUGGUGCUGUUUGUCGCCUACGUCCUUGCGGCCAUGCUGGCGGGCGUGCGCCACUUCCGACAGGGCCGCCGCCAGCCCCCGCCGCCGGCCCAGGAGCUGAUGAGCCCGAUGCAGGAGCCGGCCGUGCACGACGGGCCCGCCCCAGAGGAGGACGGCCCCGCCCCAGAGGAGGACGGCGUGCGAGCCGUGGGGGAGCAGAGACAGCAGCCCGAGGCCAAGGCCUGA